ACCCGGGAGAUUUCUAGGGUUUCCGCCGCCGCAGCCACACCCAGAACCAAAACCCUCCCAUCGUCCGCUUCCUCUCCACCGGCGGCCUCCCCGGUCAGAUCAUCAUGUCGACUGAAAAGAAACAGUUGAACACCAUGCGGGAGAUCAAGGUGCAGAAGCUCGUCCUCAACAUCUCCGUCGGCGAGAGCGGCGAUCGCCUCACUCGCGCUGCCAAGGUGUUGGAGCAGCUGAGCGGGCAGUCGCCAGUUUUCUCCAAGGCGAGGUACACUGUCAGGUCUUUCGGCAUUCGUCGUAAUGAGAAGAUUGCCUGCUAUGUGACAAUCAGGGGUGAGAAGGCAAUGCAGCUUCUCGAGAGUGGGCUGAAGGUGAAGGAGUACGAGCUCCUGAGGAGGAACUUCAGUGACACUGGUUGCUUUGGGUUUGGUAUUCAGGAGCACAUUGAUCUUGGCAUGAAGUAUGACCCGUCAACUGGUAUCUAUGGUAUGGACUUCUUUGUCGUUCUGGAGCGUGCUGGAUACCGUGUCUCCCGCCGGCGCCGAUGCAAGGCCCGUGUUGGGAUCCACCAAAGGGUGACCAAGGAAGAUGCCAUGAAGUGGUUCCAGGUCAAGUAUGAGGGUGUCAUCCUGAACAAGUCCCAUGCUAGCUAGUAUCCUUUGGACUGAUUAAGUUGUUGUUAGAGCCUAAGUCAGUCCUCCUUCUGGAUCAUGGAAUCGUAUGUUUAUUGGAUACAAAGUUGCACUAUCAAUUUUGCCUCAUCUGUUGGGCUGACAUGCAUCUAUAAUUCCAUCAAAUCUUUUCAUGUUUCAUAUUUGAAA